AUGGGGGGAGACCAGUCACUGCGAAUCCCCAAGAACAAGAGUACCGGGAAUCUAUACCCCGUCAAGUACGAUGCACCCUCAUAUACACAGAGGACACGGUUCUCCUUUGAUGCGGGGACCGCUCAAGAGAUGAACAACCUGAAACGGGCGGCUCGUGUCGACCAUGAUGGCUUGGGCAGAUCUGGCUUGCGACGGAUCAGACGACAAGGGCCGUCACUACGGACACCUACGCUGAUUCUAGAAGCGGGGGAGUUCGUCGCUCCUGUGCUUUACCACUCGAAGACCGCACCGAUCUCAGGCUCGUCCAGCAGGUCCGUCUCCACCGGGCACAUGAUGAGCGGACCAUCUUCUCCUGUGAUCGAGGAUCUUCAUCGCUUUCCGUCCGAAUCUCUCCACUCAUUCUCCUUUGCCAAACAGUCGGAAGAGAUCCUGCACAGCAGACAAAACAUUCUCCAGAAGUCAAUUGACUUCGUGAGAGACCGUUCGUCCUGGGCGGCAAACCCAGCGCUGGCCCACGCGCAAGCACGAGUCAGUGGAGAUCCAGAGCUCCAGGGCAUGAUGGACCUGCUCAAGAAGGCCAAUAUCAUCCCCAUCGACACAAGCAACAGCAGAUCCAAGGCUGUCCCGCUGGGGCCACUCACGGGUCCAGCUCGCACCGACGGACGCAAUGUUUUCGAAAAGAGCUUCAGCCAGGAGCUAGAGAAUGCAGAACACGCGAUUGCGAGCCCCGAUCCCGAGGAAGAAAUGGAUAGACGAAAAUACUCCAUAGACGAAGACGUGUCGCCGAACGAGCCUGGUCUUGAAAUGCAGAUACCACCGACCAGAUCAGGUUCGAUAGACGCGCCACGCCGGACUGGACUGAAGAGAACUUACACCGAUCUGCACUCUGUAUCCCUCCAACAGAAGCUGAUAGAGGCUCUCGCGCAGCCAUACUCAGCCGAUGACAACAAUGGUGUACAGAGUGCCGUCUACACAUCUGCCAUAACGGGUGUUCCUGCCACGCCUACCUCGUCCGUUCAUACUCACAGCAAAAGAGCAAGGACGGACGAUGGCUCUGGCGGCCACUACAGCCCCAAGCCUAAGAACCACCCGUCAAACAAAUCUAGGGGCGUCCUGCUUUGUGGGGACAUCGUGCCCAUACAGAGACGAGAUGGCAGCAAGGGUGCUGCUAGUUUCUGGGUCAUGGAGAAACGUGGUGGUCUCAUCUGGGUGAUCGAAGAGAUCACCGAAGAUGUCGCCUACCUCGAUAUUGACCAGUCGGGCAAGGUGAAAAGCGCCCAUGGUGAACUUGUUGCUAUUUGGGGCCGAUCUGACCUUGACGGUACACCCCUCAAGUCUCUCCUUCCAAAAUUCCCCUUGGAUGCAUUGGAAUCCCUCGACAAGCAUUACAUAGGGUAUUUUGCGGCGGAAACCGCUGAACAUGUCCAGGUUCCGACCACAGUGGAAGUGUCGCCUACAGGAGAUCAGCUCCGAGUCUCCAGUUUGCCUCACAUAGCCGGGGUCAUGGUCUUAGACCCAGAGACCCUCAAAAUCACGAGCUCGAACAGCAUUUUCUCAGCGGCUCUCUUUGGCUACCCGAAGCUCGAUGGCUUGCAUAUCGCCAAUCUGAUCCCCAGCUUUGAGGAUGUUUUGAGUAUUUUGAAGCAGGAUGACGGGGUCGAUCUGGUCGAUGGGAUUGUCGUCCCUGAACACAGCUUUCGUCAGGCUAGGACCAUUCUUUCGCUCCGAGAAGGCAAAGAAAACCCUGCCCACAUAUUCUUGCGGCCGUGCGGUGUCCCUGCCAAACAUCGAGAUGGAUCGGACAUCAUGGUUGAUAUUCAGAUGAGAGUCAUUCGCAGUGAGACCGUCUUUCCCAUGUCCGACGAGGCAGUGAUCGAGGAAAAGGAUGAGCACCGGGCGGAAUCAAGUGUUGCCGUGGCAGAGCUCGUCUACGCCCUCUGGAUCAUCUAUUCCCGCAAUAUUCAUGGGGUGGGAGUAGGAGGCCCGGCCGAACACGGCCUCUCGGCGCAGGAACGCCCUCUGUCGCCACCAUCGCAACCAGAACCUCCGCAAACGCUUCCCUCCCCGCCCCCCGUGCCUUCGGACCGAUCUGGAGACAGCUCUCAGCUGUCGCUUGUGGCUGAUCAAUCCGAUGAGACAGAAUCUGUCACCAUGGACGAGCCGCUUGAGCAUCCGCCUCCUCACAUGACAUAUAUUUCUCACAAGAAAAAGACCAUUGAUGAUUUUAUAAUAUUAGAAGAGAUGGGCUCCGGCGCGUACGGUCAAGUCAAGCUUGUCAGGUAUAAAAAGGGCCAGUCGAGGAAGAUGGUUCUGAAGUAUGUGACCAAAAAGCGCAUCCUGGUCGACACCUGGACCAGAGACCGCAGGUUGGGCACCGUCCCGUUGGAGAUCCACGUCCUAGAUUACCUUCGUCGAGAUGGCCUCCGACAUCCCAACAUCGUGGAGAUGAUUGACUUCUUCGAGGAUGACAUCAAUUAUUACAUUGAAAUGCUCCCUCACGGUAUUCCGGGCAUGGAUUUGUUCGACUAUAUCGAGCUGAGGACGAACAUGACCGAGGCCGAGAGUCGGAACAUCUUUCGCCAGGUGGUAGACGCCAUCCACCAUCUUCACACCAAAGCUCUUGUGGUGCAUCGAGACAUCAAGGACGAGAAUGUUGUUUUGGAUGGCGAAGGACGAAUCAAAUUGAUCGACUUUGGCAGCGCGGCGUACAUCAAAAAUGGACCAUUCGACGUGUUUGUGGGAACUAUAGACUAUGCCGCUCCAGAAGUUCUCCAUGGGAAGCCCUAUAGCGGCAAAGAACAAGACGUGUGGGCAUUGGGGAUUUUGUUAUACACCAUUGCAUAUAAAGAAAAUCCCUUCUAUAAUUUAGACGAAAUCCUCGACCACCCGCUGCGGGUACCGUUCUUGCCAUUUUCUGAAGAGUGCCUAGAGCUCAUUCGCAAGAUGUUGGACCGAGAUGUGGACAGACGUAUCACUAUUGAAGAAGUGCUUGACGAUCCAUGGCUUGAAGAUGACGAUGAUGAUUGA